AUGGACAACGCCGACCCGUCAUCCGGUGAACUGAGGUCCGGUUUUUGCCCCAAAACCAACACCUUCUACAGCCUCCGUCCACCCGUUCACCUUCCGCCGGAAAAAGCUCCACUCUCCGCCGCCGAUUAUGCCUUUUCCCUUCACUCUGCUACCUCCGCGUGCCUCGACGCCGCAGCACUCAUCGACGCCGCCACCGGCAACCGCAUUUCCUACUCCCAAUUCCGCCUCCGCGUCGAGGCACUGUCCGUCUCCCUACGGUCGGAAGCUGGCCUCUCCCCGAACGACGUCGCAUUCGUCCUCUCACCUAACUCCACAUGCGUCCCUAUCCUCUACUUCGCGCUCCUCUCCAUCGGCGUCGUCAUCUCACCGUCCAAUCCAAUCAGCACGACCGCCGAAAUCGCGCGCCAGCUGAAGAUCUCGAUGCCGACGGUCGCGUUCGCCACGUCAGCUACCUCCGAAAAACUCGCCGCCCACCGAUUGAGAACGAUUCUCAUCGACUCGGCCGACUUCGCGCGCAUGAUGUCGAGAGGGGCCGCCAGCGAAACCAGCGGCGUGCGGGUGAGACAGAACGACGUCGCCGCCAUACUCUUCUCGUCCGGCACGACGGGGCAGGUGAAAGGGGUGGAGUUAACGCACCGCAAUUUCAUCGCGGUCACGGCCAAUUACUUCUACCAAAGGCUGGAGAAAUCGUCUCCGUCGGUGGGCCUUCCAACGGUGCCAUUGUUCCAUGUGUUUGGGUUUCAUUACUUGUUGAAAUCGGUGGCCCUGGGCGAAACGGUGGUGGUGAUGGGGAGGUUUGAUUUGGGGAAAAUGCUGAGGGCGGUGGAGGAGCACAAGGUGACGUUGCUGGCGGUGGCGCCGCCAGUCGUGGCGGGGAUGGUGAAGAGUGAUUUGACUCGGAAAUUUGACCUGCAAUCGCUGGAGGCUGUGGGCUCCGGCGCCGCCCCACUUGGAUUAGAUCUGAUUGAAGCUUUUAAGAAGAAAUUUCCGAAGGUUUCUCUGUACCAGGUUUGUCAGUAG